CUAUGGUGAAAGAGAGGAAGGCUGAGAAGGAACUAGGUUGACACUGGGAGAGUUUUAGAGGAAAGCAGCUGAAGCUUGAAGAGGUUCCUCUUCCACUUACCCAGCAGAGUGAACCCUCUCAACUCAUCUCUCCAGGGUGGAACCCUUUGGCUUACUUAGGGGUGGUUCUUCUGUGUUUUUCCUUUCUCUUUCUCUAUGAGCAAGUUCUCUUAUAUCCCCCCAUUUUUUAUCUUCACUUAAAAGGGAGCUGGGAAGGAGAAGAUUUUGGGCUGCCAUGCUCUUCACCGUCACUUGCUGUGAGAACCCCAACACAAGGAAUGAUGUCCUGCCAAGUCCCAGCAUGAAAGGCAAAAGCAAGAAUCAGAAUGGACAGACCCAGCAUCACAACCACAGCAAUGUGGCCUACGGUAUAACAGAUGUCCCACCCUGGUACCUCUGCAUCUUCCUGGGGAUUCAGCAUUAUCUUACAGCCCUGGGAGGGAUCGUGGCUGUGCCUCUCAUCCUGGCCAAGGACCUGUGCCUGCAGCAUGACCCCUUGACCCAGAGCUACCUCAUCAGCACCAUGUUCUUUGUCUCUGGCAUCUGCACUCUCCUUCAGGUCCUUUUAGGGGUCAGGUUGCCUAUUCUUCAGGGUGGGACAUUUGCCUUUUUGGCCCCAUCCUUGGCCAUGCUCUCUCUCCCUGCCUGGAAAUGCCCUGAAUGGACUCUCAAUGCCACGCAGGUGAAUGUCAGUUCUCCAGAAUUCACUGAGGAAUGGCAGAAGAGGAUCCGAGAGUUACAGGGUGCCAUUAUGGUAGCUUCCUGUGUCCAGAUCUUUGUGGGAUUCUCUGGCCUCAUUGGCUUCCUGAUGCGCUUCAUUGGCCCCCUGACCAUUGCCCCAACCAUCUCCCUCGUGGCUUUGCCUCUCUUUGACUCUGCAGGGAAUGAUGCCGGGAUCCACUGGGGUAUCUCUGCCAUGACCAUUUUCCUCAUUGUACUGUUUUCUCAGUACCUGAAAAACAUCUCUGUGCCAGUACCAGUUUAUGGGCAAGUCAAGAAAUGCCAUGUUUCUAAGCUUUACCUGUUCCAGAUCUUCCCGGUGCUAUUGGGACUCUCCAUUUCUUGGAUCAUGUGCUAUGUGCUUACUGUUACCAACGUCUUCCCCUCGGCCCCUUCAGCAUAUGGUUAUUUGGCCCGUACAGACACCAAAGGCAGCGUUCUGUCUGAGGCCCCUUGGUUCCGCAUCCCUUACCCAGGGCAAUGGGGACUUCCAACCAUCAGCUUGGCUGGGGUGUUUGGCAUCAUUGCUGGGGUGAUCUCCUCCAUGGUGGAAUCAGUGGGGGAUUAUUAUGCUUGUGCCCGGCUCGUAGGGGCCCCACCCCCUCCAAAACAUGCCAUCAGUCGGGGUAUUGGUAUUGAGGGGAUUGGCUGUCUCCUGGCAGGAGCAUGGGGGACUGGGAAUGGUACCACCUCCUACAGUGAAAAUGUUGGUGCACUGGGCAUCACCAGGGUGGGGAGCAGGGUGGUGAUCAUUGCUGCUGGCUGUGUGCUACUCCUGAUGGGCAUAUUUGGAAAGAUUGGGGCUGCGUUUGCCACCAUUCCAAGCCCUGUGAUUGGGGGUAUGUUCAUAGUGAUGUUUGGAGUCAUCACAGCUGUGGGGAUUUCCAAUCUUCAGUAUGUGGACAUGAAUUCUUCCAGGAACCUCUUUGUCUUUGGCUUCUCCAUCUACUGUGGGCUGACCAUUCCUAAUUGGGUGAACAAAAAUCCAGAACGAAUCCAGACAGGAAUUCUCCAGUUGGAUCAGGUCAUCCAGGUUCUGCUCACCACUGGCAUGUUUGUGGGUGGAUUCCUGGGCUUUGUACUUGACAACACUAUCCCAGGAAGUCAAGAAGAGAGAGGACUCAUAGCAUGGAACCGAAUACAUGAAGAGUCAGAGGAGAACUUGAAUGUCUCAGAUGUCUACAACUUCCCCUUUGGGAUUGGCACCAAAUUCUGUGCUGCUUCUUGGCUCUGGCAUAUCCCCUUUUGGCCCAAGCCAGCACAUGGAGGGGAAGCAAUGGAAAGGGAGCAUCACCUCAUGGAGGAGAAUGGUCAGAUUUCACUGGGAGCAAGAGAGAAAGUGGAUACGGAAACAAGAAUGUAGAGACAUCAUCUCUCCCCCAGUCAGAGACAGCCCAGAAGAAACAGUGGUUUGUGAGGCCUCUAUUCUUGGGGUGGAUAAUUUCUAGCACUUUCAUCUCUGAUGGUGUAAAAUAGAUGUUAAAUUGUAAUGAUCAGCUAUGUUCAAACUACUUACUAACUCAGCCAUACACAAAUCACCCUUUCUCCACACACUGUUUUCCACCUGUAGUAUAAAUAAAAUGUAUACCCCAAAAUAUACAAGAUACUAACUUUAUUAUUAACAAGUUUUUUUUUUACUAACAAGUUUUUAAUGUUUUAAGUUUAAAGAUAAAGAGUCAAAAUUCCCAAUGGAAACAUCUUGGUUUCUCAAGUUCACUCAGUUUUACUAAAUAUGUCAUAGUGUCAGUAAAAAGAAUGGGGACAAGUCAAAUGACUAGUCCUUUGGUCAUUCCCAAAUUCUGUUUUUCAGUGUCUUAAGAUACUAUUUUAUUCAUAUUUUCAUUCCUUGUUUACCGAUCCUCGAUGUCUCUGGGUUCACAUAGACCAGGUACAAACCUGGUACCUUACUCUCUUUGAUUCAAUGCUCCCAUUCCAGAGUUUCAUUCUGGGAAAAGGUACACAAUAAAAUACAGAUAUUGCUUUUUUUUUGCGGGACAAUGAGGGUUAAGUGACUUGCCCAGGGUCACACAGCUAGUAUGUGUCAAGUGCCUGAGGUCAGAUUUGAACUCAGGUCCUCCUGAAUCCCAGGCCAGUGCUUUAUCUACUAUGCCACCUACCUGCCCCCCAGAUACUGCUUUUAAGAAACAAGCUUUGGAGGGGCAGCUAGAUGGCGCAGUGGAUAAAGCACUGGCCCUGGAUUUAGGAGGACCUGAGUUCAAAUCUGGCCUCAGACACUUAACACUUAUUAGCUGUGUGACCCUGGGCAAGUCACUUAACCCCAAUUGCCUCACCACCCCCCCAAAAAAAGAAACAAGCUUUGGAAUGGGGAGGGGGCUUCAGUGGGAUUAAAAUUAUAUGUGUAAA